AUGCAACUCAAGCAAACUGCCCUAGUGGUUGCCUAUCUCGGAACUUUGGCACUGAGUGUUCCCAUUCCAGAUUAUCCUAAGCAACUCUAUACCAUGGGCUACAACGACGACCUGGCUGAAGAGCAACCCAAGGCGAAGCAGCUGUACACUAUGGGAUACAACGAUGACCUUGCGGAAGAAGCUCCCAAGGCUAAACAGCUAUACACUAUGGGCUACAACGAUGAUCUUGCUGAGGAACAACCCAAGGUCAAACAGUUGUACACUAUGGGAUACAAUGAUGACCUCGCCGAGGAAACCGCACGCCACAAAAAGGUGCAUCACAAGACCCAGAAACCAGGUCACUUCUGGACCCUUGGCUGGGUCUACGUUAAGCACUGGCUCGCUAAAUAG